CCAAAUUAUUUGAGAGCUGCCCUAGAAGCAUAUGAGCGUACAGAAAAAUAUUGAACACAUUCAGAACCAUGGUAAAACUGUGUUUCUUUUGGCUUUUUCUUUCAUUAUACACCAUCAUAAACGCAGGAUCUCAUUCUCUGUUGGCAUUCGCAACUUGUAUCUCAGGAGACGCACCUUUCCCUGAGUGUAGUGUUGUGUUGAUGCAGGAUGACAUUCAAGUUGGCUACUUUGACUCCAACACGGAGCAGUUUAUUCACAAGGGACCUUACGCCCCAGACGAAACAGAGGUUGACGUAGCCCAAGAUGCAGCUAAUGUGUUUGGACACAUGUUCCUCAGCAUGAAAAGGCGACUGUCAGACCUGAGGUAUCGCUUUAAUUCCACAGGGAAUAUAGAUGUUCAGCAGAGAAUGGCUGGCUGUGAGAUGUUGGAUACUGGUGAACCAGGCCUUAUUCUGUCCACAGAUGCUUUCAAUGGAAUUUUAGCUGAUUUAAUAUAUUACAACAUGACACAUUAUUCAUACAAUUCCGGAAACCUACUGUCGCCAUGGAGUGAGGUGCAUCAAACAUAUGCAAAAUGGCGUUAUCAGACCAUUUACCUACCCAUUUGCAUAAAAACAUUGAAGAAAUUUCUGGAGAGAUUGAAGAACUUUGUGAUGCGUAAAGUGCGUCCCAGAGUCAGGCUCACACAGAAAGCCAUGUCUGGAGGAGCCCGUGUGAGCUGUCUGGCGUUUGGUUUUUACCCCCGCCACAUCAAUCUGACCCUGCUGAGAGACGGCCAGCCAAUAGUAGAACAGGACAUGACUGGGGGCCAGUUGCUGCCCAAUGGAGACGGGACCUACCAGCUGAGAAAGAGUCUGGAGGUCAACACAGAGGAGCUGAGAGAGAGACACAACUACACCUGCACCACCUCCCACCUCAGUCUGGACAACAAGCUGGAUGUCAGCUGGAUACCUGAGUCUGGGAUCGACAGAGUGGGUCUUUAUGUCAAGUCAGGUCCACUGGGCAUGGUGGCCAUAAUUAUUCUACUCAGUAUUUUCGUUUGUGUAUGGAGGAGAAAUGCGGCUGGCUCCCAGACAUUGUCACAGCUCUCCAAUGCUAAUGAUGCCCAAGUGGCUGAGCAAAUGAGCCUAUCUUCACAUUCUGAGACCUGAUAUAUUUGCUGCUGCCACUCAUGCAAAGACUUCAAAGUGAAAAGCCAAUACAACGAAGGCUGAUCUAAAUUAUACAGUAUAUAGCCUAAUAAAGACACAUAUUUUUAUGAUGCAGUGGUGUAUAAGCAAUCCGAAAAUGUGUACUGACAGUGCUAUGACGUAUGUAUUGAUUUGAUAUGUAAAAAAGUGUUUUGUACUGCAUUAAAGAUCCGUAAAAAAAAUCAGCAUGAUUUAAGUACAAAUGAGGAGCAGGAAAUCUUACCCUAGAACAAAAACAGAAUAUCAGAAAUACUGUUUAUCCUGCUUAUCACACCGUAUUUCACAGCAGAUACCAUAGGAUAUGAAUAUUCGGUCAGAUUCUUGAUGUACUGUAUUUUAUUAGAGAGGCAGCAGACAUCAGCCAGCUCCAGGGGCUGCAACUCUACUUCACACCACAUGGUGUUGCUCCAAAUUAAAAUUAGCCCUCUACCAGAAACUCAAUUAGGUUGCCGGAAUAAUGUGUAAUUCCAGUUCCCAGUCCAUUCUCACAUAGACUACACAAAGAUAUUGAAAGGGGAUAUCGCACAGAGACAGUAGUCUAUUUUAUGAAUACAUUUCAUGCUAUGAUAGGCUACAAGAUUAAACUUUUUUUUUAAACUUAUGAAUGAGACUAUUAACAAUUCUUGAAUAAGAUCGGCAUUGUCCACAUUUCAAAUAAUACAUAGUUAAAUACAUUGUUAAUUAGUUUAAUUAGUUAACAAUGUUUUACCACAUUCUGUUCAAAAACUGCCCAGUGAUAGAAGACGGAAAUAUCAGGGUCAGGGAUAUAAAUAAAACGUUAAAGUAUUACACGUACUGUGUGCCCGGUAAGCGUUACAUCUCUGACCGCUUAGAGACACACACAAGUUGUUUACAAACACAUAGCUACCGGGGAUGACGCCAGCCAGCGGAGCAUCAUCCUAGGAAUAGAAAACGGUCAAUGAUAGGCCUUUACCGUAAAAUCAAGCACAGUGCGUUUUCUCAAUUCAAUUCAAGGUGCUUUAUUGACAUGGGAAACAUAUGUUAACAUUGCCAAAGCAAGUGAAGUAGAUAAUAUACAAAAGUGAAAUAAACAAU